AUGUCUCAAGUCACGAUGGUGGACUUUUUCGGCGGGGCAAUUCGGGGGGUGGUGCCACAGGGCUGGAUUGACGGCAGCGACCUCCGUGAGGUCCCAGAUCAUCAAGAGCUCUUUCUAUCUCCCAGCACGCUCUCCACAUUCAUCAUGGAGAUCAAUCAACGCGUGUCACGAGAAGAAGCCCUCUCCACCUUCGCCACCAUCAACCACCAGCAUCCUAGUCUGUCCACCGCAGGCAACGGUGUCGCAACUUGGACCACCCCGGAGACGGUCGAUCAAGGUGCAGCACUGCACCACCUGAAUGAUCUCUGCGACGAAGGCGAUGCGAUGCAGAUCGUGACCCCGCCUACACGCGUGGUUCCGGCUCGAUUGUCGGGGUCAGCGCCGCCUGGAUCGUCCGUCACCGCGUACAGGGGCAUUGUGCAGUUUCUGACGACGGGUCGGCGGCGUGGCACAAUCGGUGCUGUUACUGACUCGGCUGUGGCUGGAGCGGCGAUUGACGGGCCAUCGUCUGGUGGGGUGCAGGUCUCCAAGGUAACCUGUCAUUAUCUGUUGGUGAGGCUGGAGGCACAGGAGACUGAUUUGGUGAUGUUUUUCAAUGUGCCACAUGAGGAAUUUGAUAAAAAUGGCGACGCGCAGGGCUUGUCGAGGGAAGAGGCGGUUGGGGAAAAUACCGUGGCCGCGCUGGUUGAUCAGUUGGAGAUUCGCGACUGGAGUUUGUUUGUGUGA